AUGAAAACCCUUGACCCAAGUAGGAACAAGGCCUUUGAUCAGGACAAUGGGAUUGAAGUUGCAUGGAAUAAAAUUGAUUUGUCAGAAGAUAUCCUCAAAUCAGAGAAACAGCUCCAAAGAUUGUACGCCGAAGCCAAUCUUUUGAAGUCUUUGAAGCAUGAAAACGUAAUUACAUGUUAUCAUUCGUGGAUUGAUGACAGGAACAAGUCCAUCAACUUGAUCACAUUGCUCUUCAUCUCUGGGGAUAUAAGAAAGUACAGGAAGAAACAUAAGAGUCUUGGCAUCGAUACUAAUUGGAAGGCGAUCAAGAACUGGCGAGACAGAUCCUUAAACGGUCAGAGUCAUAACCCACCAACUAUUCACAGGGAUCUCAAGUGUGAGAAUAUUUUUGUUAAUGGUUAUUCAGGCAAGGUUAAAAUUGGUGAUCUUGGACUUGCAACUGUUCUGGAACAUGGUACUGCUUUGAGUGUUACUGGAACCCCGGAAUUUAUGGCACCCGAGUCUUACUUGUGA